AUGGCGUCGCUGCUGAGGGAGGUGGUGUUCGAGACGCGCGGGCAGGCCCCGGCGCCCAGCAAGGACUUCUGCCAGCUGCUCGUCACCCGGCAGGAGGUAAUUUUCAGGUGGUGGAAAAUCUCACUUAGGAAUGAAUUUCGUGAGUCAAGACCUGGAGAAAUUAAAGAAUCCCAGGAGGAUUUUUUGGAUGAUUCAUCUCUUCAUAUUCAGAUUGCUAUAGUGUUUGGUGCCAAAGUUCUGGAACAUGUCCUCAAUCUGUGCCGAGGUAACUAUGACUUCCUGGAACGGCUUCCUGUCCCAUUGCUCCUGUACAUCAUUUCCUUUCUGGAGCUUGAAGAUAUUGCCAGGCUUUCUCAAGUUUCACGCAGAUUUGAAAUGAUAUGUAACAGUAAUGCACUAUGGGAAAAUAUUGUGGAGAACUUGUGUGACACAAUUACACCUGAAAUGAAAGAACUUGCACAGGAAAUGGGCUGGAAACGAUUCUUCUUCACAGACAGACUUCAGCUACAGCUGCAGCUCCGAAGGAGGAGGCAGAAACAAGAUGCUCAGAACAAAAAACAAACUGAAUAAAUACGCAUUUUUCAUUGAAGCAAUUGUUAUGAGGUGUGGAUUUGCUGUUUAUGAGGUCAGACAUACUGAAUUUUCUUCUUUACUAGAGAAAGCAGAUUGUUUUAAGGACUGAAAGAGGAAAAACAAAAUAUGGCUUACUAGGAGCAACAUGUAAAUAAUACAAUGUUUAAUAUGUUGGGCAUCCUGAAAUUUUAUUAUAGUCAGCAUCGUAACAGUUACUAGCAGUAGAAGAGGUUGUGACUUCUUUGUACUUCUUCAUUCUGACUUCUCUAUUUUGUGUAUAUGCUAUACAUGCUCCAUGUCUUACAUCAGAUGCUAUGGCAUUGUCAUUAUUACCUUUAUAGAAAACCAUCUAUCAUUUCUUACUACAAAAAUUGCUGAUGAAUGCUGAGGUUUUUACUGUCCACCAUGGUAAAUUUGCAGUGCUUAUAGGCAAAUAAUGUUUAGCUGGCUCCAGAGUUUGAUGUGUGUUAAAAUGUUUUUAAAUUAAUUAUCUGGACUUCAAGCAAAUAAUGAUUUUGUCACCAAGAAGAAACUUCUUUGGUGACUGAGGGUGUGGAUCAAAUGAUCAUCCUCAUCUUGGACAAUCCAUCAAAAUCAUGUUUGACGCACUCUGCCAGAAUGGUAUAUGGGCAAAAUUUUUCCUUGGUGUUGCUGAUGCAGGAACUUUUGAAACUAAUUGACUUCCAUUGUUCGAGUUGCAUAUUUGAUAAGAGACAUUUGCUAUCUUACAAGACUGUAACAAGAUGAAGGCAGUUCUUACUGACUUGCUCCAACAAUCAACUUCAGUAAUUAAGAGGCCAAAUAUUAUUACUCUGAAAGUACCAGUUGGCUAAUAUAUCAUUUGCCAUUGACCAGACUUAAGACCUGAGUAUUAAAAACAGUCAUUGCAGUAUUUGGAUGCAAUAGUGUAGUAUUUAAAGAGUGUAUUAGGUUUACAAUUUUUUAACGUGUCAAGUAUUAAACUUGAAUUUUAUAAAUUGAUUAAAAAACUAUGA